AUGCCCGCCGCCACCACUAAACUCAAGCACCUAACCCUCUCCGGCACGCCCAAGGAGAUCGGGCAACAGCACGGCACGCUCGCGCACGCCGAAGUGCACGGCUCGCUGGCCUUCUACGGCGAUUUCUUUCUGAAGAAGGCCGGGCUUCAGUGGCCGGAGGUGCGGAGCACGGCUAUGCUGGCGCACCCCUUCCUGGAAAGUCGGUUUCCGCACCUGGUGGAAGAGAUGCGCGGGCUGGCGUUGGGCGCGGGUAUCGACUAUGAGGAUGUGCUGGCGCUGAAUGUGCGCACGGAGAUCGCGUACGGGAUGCAGACGGAUGGGUGCACGGCGUUUGCGUGGCGAGAUGGUGAGGCAGGGGGCAAUUGGAUCGGGCAGAAUUGGGACUGGAGCGCGGAGCAGAAACCGAAUCUGGUUGUGGUGAGGAUUCAGCGGCAGGGAGAGGGGAAGACGAGUAUUGCUAUGGUCACGGAGGCGGGGAUCCUAGGAAAGAUUGGGCUGAAUGAUCGUGGUGUCGGCGUGACGUUGAAUGCCAUUGCUGCAAAGGGCGUGGAUUGGGGUCGGCUGCCGUGUCAUCUGGCGCUUCGGACGGUGCUGGACUCGGCAAGUCGGGAGGAGGCUGAGGGCACAUUGAAGGCAUUUGGUGUGGCUAGUAGUUGUCACAUUCAGAUUGCGGAUGCAGCGACUGGCGGCGUGGGGCUAGAGUGCACGAGUGAGGACGUGGCAGUGCUAGAGCAGGAUGGGAGAGGAGUGAUCACACAUUCCAAUCACCUGGUGAAGGAGCACAAGGUCAAGGGCUCUGGCGCUAUGUUGACCGACACGUUCUUCCGGCUGGAGCGGAUGCAGGAGUUGCUCAAGGGAUUGCAGAGGCCGGACAUGGCGGCGCUCAAAGAAGUCUUGAAGGACCAGCAGAACGGGCCUUGUGCCAUCAACCGUUCCCAGACGGAGAAAAGCACUAUCGAAACGCUCUUCAGUAUCGUCGUCAAUCUGCAUGAGAGGUGUGCGGAGGUCAAGGUAGGGAAGCCCACGGAGGAUGGGGAGUCGUUUGAAUUGCGGCCUUGA